AUGUUCGCUCAACCAUUCGAUCAUUCGUUGAAUGAUCUGUUCACUCAGUUCGUCGACAUCGACUCUUCCAGUGUCGAUGGCAACAAAGAUGUUUCGUAUCCUAGCGAAUUCGAUCAAAUUUUCGCUCUUGACUCGUUGUCGAGUAAUUGUGGCGAUCAUUCUCCUCUCAUCUCCACCAAACCCACUCAGCAGUCACCGCAACCCUGGGCCAAAGACUACUGGUGUCUGUCGCAGGAGACAGUCCCAUCUGCAGGUCAAGGAGCUUUUGCUUUUCAGGACACCGUUCAUCCCUCCGCUGUCUCAAAUCUAAGCUUCAACCUUGAAAAUCCUCCAACUUCAUGCCCUAUCCCUGCAGUAGUAGCCUGCAGAACAUCUUCCAGAUCGCCGUCCACCCCUCCUGCAACACCCCGCCACAAUCAGAAAGUAAGAAAGAGCGCUCUGAACACGCCGAAGUCUAUCCGCCGGCAGAAACCUCAUGAUCCUCGUUUGCCGUGCAAGAAGACCCUCUCUCCGAGCUUGAUACGCUCCUCUCAGUUGCAAACUGGCGGAAUGGUGUAUCCGGAAGCUUGGGCUCGGGGACUGCAGAACUUCAACAUCCGUAGCUCGGAUGAACAUUUGCCGCUAUCACCACCGCCCUCGGACAUACUUGUGCAGCAUGAGAACAUCCCUACCGAUAAUGUUGUCGCUCACAUGAGCCAUUCGGCUGAUCCCGCAGAGAUGCCACAUCAUUACGAUUCUAGCAUCUUCAACCCGUCCCCUGCAAUUUCCAUGUCUUCUCCAUCAGUUUGUGUGCUAGGACGGCAGCAGCAGGGCUAUUUGAAUCAAUCGCAUUCCGCCUUGACCACCUCAAGCCCCCCUUCAGCAGAUGAUAUCUUUUCAUCCCCGCAUUCCUCCGAUCCUCAGUCCCUGUCCUCAUGGCCUUCGGAAUCCCUUGGGAGUUCCGCACUGUCUUUUACACCUGAACUCCAGAACCAUGAUGCGCAAGCCUGGUGGCCUGCCAUGCCUUCCCGGGUCGCACCGGCGCAAACUUCAUAUCAACACAUGGUUGCCUCUCCGGCUCCACAACAACCAAUUCAAAAUACCAACACCCAGCACGAUCUGAUGCAAGGGGGCCUGAUGAUCCAAUUCGAUCCCUCUGCUUUUGAUGUGUCGACCUCGGCGGAUUCAUCAUUCCAGCCAACAACCAUGGCCACCGCUCCUUUGCCACAGAAGAGCCAGCCAGCCUAUAUUAAUACUCCGGUCACCCCUCGGAAGUUUCCGAACCCCUCUGUCUAUGCCACACCUCAAAUCACAAACUCGUCCCGAUCACCGUCUCUGUCCCCAAGACGUGGUGGGUCUCCAUCAAACCGAGCCAACUUUGGCAAUGGAUGCAUCAUGACGACUCCUCAGCGCCGCAAUGGCCGGAAGUUGUCAUCUCAGUCAAUGACACCACCCAAACCAGUCAAAGGGCCUAGCUCAACGACUUCCAAAUCAGGACCCAGCAAGUCGCUGACCGUGUCCUUUGUCAACUUCACCCCUAGCGACAGCAAGAAAAUUCUGACAGGAGUUGCUCCAAGUGGGAGCUCUAAGACGAAGGCGAGACGCGAACAGGAAGCUCGCGAUCGACGCCGUAAGCUGAGCGAGGCUGCGAUCAAUGCCGUGCGGAACGCCGGCGGAGACGUCGAAGCACUCGAGGCUGUUCUAUGUUAA